CAUCAAUACGUUUUGCCAUAAUUACUAUGAUCAAUUAACAAUGUAUUAUAUUGACCUACGAUGUAAUCCUGGGUAUUACAUACGCCGUAAUUACGCUUACCGUCACCAUAAUCCUUCGAUUCGACAAGUCCUCUAUAUACGAUACUCUGUAAACUGCUUGACCAGGCAAUCUCGUAUUACCCUGUCUUCAGUCUGCGAUCUAACAGACGUAUGGUUACAACAGUACCACCCGACGAGUGUACCAUGAGACUUCAUAAUGCAACGUCGGUGAUACGCGAGGACUUGUCACUAUGACCUGUAGGAGGCGAGCUCAUUCACAUGGGAGAUCAGCUCGUAGCUCCAUUUCGGCAGCUUCACCUCAACCAUGAAAUAUUCGGUCGCGGUGCCCCAAACUUUGGCCUAGAGAGAUUCUUGGAGAACAAGAUGGUGCAUCGGACCAAGGGCUACUCGCCAUUCGGCGGCGGCGGCCUUACCUUUUGCCGCGGGGGAUUGUUAGCACAGCGCGACAUCAACUUAUUUGUGGCUGUAACAUUACGGAAGUUCGACAUGGAGCUGGUGCCGAGACGGAGCGGCGCAAAGAUGCCAAAAAUUGACAAAGACACACCGUCAGCGGCCGUCAUGGGGCCGGAUGAGGAUAUACUGCUUAGGCUCCUGCCCCGGGUGCACACACAAGUAAGCAGAUAGUGUUGGGUUCCCAUGCCGGGAUCCAGCCAAGAUAGAGUUUAAGAGACGGAAGAUAGCGUACAUGGCAAGGUGACUAAUUUCAAAGGAGUGCGUUGCCGCACGUCAAAGGGUCUACUGUCUAUUGCUUCUACGGUAGAUUGGGAGCAUUUGCGUGGCUGGAGAAUAUGAAUACUGGUAGGCGAAAGACUAUGCGGAAAUAAAUUGCAGGAGAUAGGCUUGCGAAUGAAUUGUCAAGCGUCUGAGACACAGGAGCGCUGGAGAACUUUGGAAACUAUUUGUGCUUGUGCGCUUCUUGCCACGCAGCAAGUAAGCAGUAAACAAAUGAUUUGUACGUUGAUGUGUUAACACAAAGGCAUGGUAUUGGACCAUCAAAUAGGCAACACUGCCAGAGGUCUUGCUCACAGUUCCCGUUUACACCACAGCUGCAUAUCGCUAAAACCCUGUUCAUGUGCAAUGCUGCAAAACAUGUAGAAGAGCACCAAAACACAGGUAACU